AUGAAACGGGAAACGAAGACCGCUGAAAGAGGGCAUUGGACGGGGAAGUGCGAUUUCUUCUUCUCGGCACUCGGAUUUGCUGUCGGAUUAACAAACAUCUGGAAGUUCCCAUACCUCUGCUACAAGUAUGGAGGAGGUGCAUUCCUCCUUCCCUACAUCUUCAUGCUCUUCCUCGUCGGGAUCCCCAUGUUCCUCGUCGAAUUGACCAUCGGCCAAUUCUCAGCCUUCACCCCCAUCAAGUGCUUUUCGAACAUGGCUCCUGUGCUCGCCGGAAUCGGGAUGACCUCUUUCCUCGAAUCCAUCAAGGACAUCGUCUCCUACAACAUGAUCAUCGCCUGGUCCCUGUAUUACCUCGGCCUGUCCUUCAAGUCGGAUCUCCCUUGGACUCACUGCGGUCAAGCCCACAACACGCAACGGUGUUACAGCGACACGGAGAAACGAUUCUGCAUAGAACGCAAUGAUUCAAACGUGUACUUCAACGGGACUUGUUUCGAUGCUGCGAUUGCAGAGAGGGAAGGAAUUUCGGAGAUCCCUCCAGGCGAGAGAAUCUCAGCAUCGGAGGAGUACAUGAAGCACAGCGUAUUAGGAAUCACAUCCGGUCUGGAAGAACUGGGGACUCUGCAGUGGCGACUGGUCCUGUCCUAUUUCGCAGCUUGGGUUUUGAUCUUCUUAUGUCUUUGCAAGGGGAUUCGUAGCUCAGGGAAGGUGGUGUACUUCACGGCCACCUUCCCUUACGUCGUCCUGGUGGCUCUUCUCGUCCGGGGAGUGACUUUGCCUGGCGCCAUGGACGGAAUCCGCUUCUACAUCGUCCCUCAAUGGGACAAAGUCAUGAACAUCAAGGUCGAGAUCCUCUUCCUCGCCAUUUCUCGAUUAGGUCGAGUCUUCACCUCUUUUUGCCUUAAGGUUGUCGAGCUCAUUUGUGAAUGGCCGUACUCACCGUACUCUCUAGAACAGGUUUGGGAGCAAGCCCUGGCGCAAAUACUUGGAAGCUUGAGUCUGGGCGGAGGAGGGCUCAUCACGUUGGCCUCGUAUAAUCGGUUCAGGUACAACCUCAUCAGGGAUACUUGGAUGGUGAGCUUGGGGAACAGCUUCACCAGCAUUUUUGGAGGCUUCGCCAUAUUUUCCACUCUCGGCUUCAUGGCGCAUCAGCUGGAAGUCCCCGUCGAUCAGGUCAGGCGAUCCGUCGAGGCCGGGAAGGCGAAUGGGAGGAAUGACUGGAAGGCGUGA